UGUCACGUGACACUGUAUCGGGCCCUGCCAGUGUACGGCAGCAAGCUGCAGGCAGAGGAUCAAGCAGCACCAGUACAGAGCAGAGCCAGUCCUCAAUGGGAUCCCUAAGGCUGGUUGAAAAGGCAGAUUGGCUUACGUGAUGACGUUACCAGGAGAAGCAGCUCUCCUGCAGGCUGACAGCUGAUGGAGUCCCUGCUCCUCCUCUCACACACACGGCCGGGUCGUAUGAGGAGGACACGGAGCCCUGAAAUGACACACUGAACUGGACAGAAACGUUACAAACCUCAACUGGAAGCACUGGGACGUGUUGAGUGGAAUGGAUGCAUCGCCUAUUGACAAGUUUACAAGAUAAAGCUUUCUGUUUUUUUUGGAUCAGCAGACCGGAGUCUAGAAUCAUCUGCCACAGUGGAUUUCUAAAUAAUCUUCCGGUACUCAUCUGUUGCCUUGUCAUUGAAACAUCAUCAACAAGGCAGCUCACUGAUCAAAUGCAUCACAAUGACUUGAAUGAGUGCCUUUUGUUAUGUAUGCAGCCCAUUCGGCUCUUCAAUCCAGCAUCGCUAAAGUCCACAGUUUUGUGACCCCAUUUGUACUUUUGGGGAAGUGUUCACUGAUCACCUUUUAAUAAUCAGUAUUGCAAAUCACAGAGAUAGCCUAGGGAAAGGGCAAAUACUAUGCACCGUUGUCGCGGUCUCACAUCCGACACCGAACCAGUAACCUCAGUGGAGGAGAGGCGCUCAUAACAGUACCGACCCCUCCGAAGAACUCCCUACCUCCCUCUGGGUAUUUUUUUUUUUAUCCACGGGGGUUGUAGAGAGCUGCAGAGAUGUUCGCCGCCGUAGAGCAUGGCCCGGUCCUCUGCAGCGACUCCAACAUCCUGUGUCUGUCCUGGAAGGGCCGGGUGCCCAAGAGCGAGAAGGAGAAGCCGGUGUGCAGAAAGCGCUACUACGAGGAGGGCUGGCUCGCUACCGGGAACGGUCGAGGAGUUGUCGGGGUCACGUUCACGUCCAGCCACUGCAGACGGGACCGGCCCACCCCACAGAGAGUAAACUUCAACCUCAGAGGACACAACAGCGAGGUGGUCUUGGUGCGGUGGAAUGAGCCCUUCCAGAAACUGGCUACCUGUGAUACAGAUGGAGGGAUCUUUGUUUGGAUCCAGUAUGAGGGCCGUUGGUCCGUUGAGCUGGUCAAUGACCGUGGAGCGCAGGUGAGUGACUUCACCUGGUCCCAUGAUGGCACCCAGGCUCUUAUUUCCUACCGUGAUGGCUUUGUACUGGUGGGAUCAGUCAGCGGACAGAGACACUGGUCCUCCGAGAUCAACCUAGAAAGCCAGAUUACCUGUGGUAUCUGGACCCCCGAUGACCAGCAGGUGUUGUUUGGUACUGCAGAUGGACAGGUGAUAGUGAUGGACUGCCAUGGGCGCAUGCUGGCCCACAUUCUGCUGCAUGAGUCGGAUGGCAUCGUCAGCAUGUCCUGGAACUACCCCAGUUUCCUGGUGGAGGACAGCAUUGAGAGCGACACAGACUCUGACGACUACUCCCCACUGCAAGUGCACAGCCAGAAACCACUGCUGACAGUCAGCUUCACCUCUGGAGACAUCAGCCUGAUGAACAACUAUGAUGACCUCUCUCCCACCCUCAUCCGCACCGGUCUAAAAGAUGUGGUGGUCCUGUGGUGCUCGCAGGGGGACCUCCUUGCAGUGGCAGGGAUGGAGAGGACCCUCCUCUCCCCCGACCCCUCCUGUCCUCCCUCCACCAGGAGCGCCCUUGUUAAGUUCUACAACGUUCAGGGUGAACACAUCUACACACUGGACACACCAGCACAGCGCCCCAUCACUACGCUGUGUUGGGGUCACCGGGACUCUCGUCUGUUCUUGGCAUGUGGCCCGGCGCUUUACGUAGUGAGAGUGGAGCACCGCAUUGCCAACCUGCAGCUACUCUGCCAGCAGGGCAUCGCCACAGCAGUGAAGGAGGAAAAAGAUGUUGCCAAGCUCACCAUGCCUUCCCGACUCUGUUUUUACGUCACUACUGCUUUCAUUCCCACCAUCAAGCCCCCCAUCCCCGAUCCCAACAACAUGCGUGAUUUUGUGAGCUACCCAACAGCUGGAAACGAGCGUCUGCACUGUACCAUGAAGCGUACAGAGGAUAACCCUGAGGUGGGGGGGCCCUGCUACACUCUGUACCUGGAGUACCUAGGAGGUCUGGUGCCUAUCCUCAAAGGCCGACGGAUAAGUAAACUGCGUCCAGAGUUUGUCAUUAUGGACCCCAAGACAGAUGGGAAAACAGAUGAGAUAUACGGCAACAGUCUGAUAUCUGCCAUGAUUGACAGCUGUAACUGCUCAGACUCCAGUGACAUUGAGCUGAGUGAUGACUGGGUUGGCAAGAAAUCUCCAAAGAUAUCCAGGGGUAGCAAAUCCCCCAAACUGCCCAGGAUCAACAUUGAUCCCAGAAAAUCGCCCAAACUUUCCCGCGCUACACAGGAGAUCUCCAGGUCACCACGGUUACCAAUACGGAAACCCUCAAUUGGGUCACCCAGUCUAACACGGAGGGAAUUUCCUCUAGAUGACAUCACUCAGCAAAAUUACCUAGCUCAGGUCACAUCCAAUAUUUGGGGAACAAAGUUCAAGAUUGUGGGGCUCGCCACAUUCUUGCCAACUAAUCUUGGUGCAGUCAUCUAUAAGACAAGCCUCCUCCAUCUGCAGCCCAGGCAGAUGACCAUCUACUUGCCAGAGGUGCGUAAAAUAUCCAUGGACUACAUCAAUCUGCCCGUCUUCAGCCCCAAUGUCUUCAGUGAGGAUGAAGAUGACCUGCCUGUCACAGGCCCUGCUGGUGGCACCGAUGACAACCCGCCCUGCACUGUCAACAUCCCUAUCGCCCCCAUCCAUAGUCCCGCCCAGGCUAUGUCCCCUGCCCAAAGCAUUGGUAUGGUCCAGUCACUCCUAGCCAAUCAAAAUGUUCAGCUGGAUGUCCUAACAAAUCCCACAGCAACCACUGCUGGGGCCACUGCUGGUGGGUCAGACCAAAGCCAGGACACCAUGCUGACAGCCCAGUACACCGUUCCCACCAGGUACUCCAGUCCUGGUCAGCACCAACACUUACAGCAGCAGCAGCAGCUUCAGCAACAGCACCAAAUUCAAAUCCCUGUUCCCUCUAUGUCAUCAGGACAGCCUUCAGGUGCAGCUGUGCACCAGCUCCAACCGGGGGCGCUGCAGAUACAGAUCCCUCAUUCACCUGCCGAUUUAGUGGUUGAGAGAGCAGUGGGGGGUGAACACGAGCACCUACUGAAAAUCAAAACCACUCGGUCAACUCCACAGCUGGCUGAGGGUGAUACAGUGGUGUUUAGUGCCCCUCUAGAGCUCAGCAAGAUGAACCCCCCGCCCCCCUACCCUGGCACAGUGGCUGCCGCUGUGGCUGCUGCAGCUGCUGCUGCUGCUGCUGCAUCCGCACAAGCCUCCAAUGCGGCAUCUGGAACAGGAGGGGGCAUCAGUGGGACUCCUCCCCCUAGUGACCUUUGUCUGAAGAAGGGAGAGUUCUCACUUUAUCCUUCAGGUCAGCAACAAGUGCAGUACCCCACACCACUGGGAUAUGAGAGGAUAACCACAUUUGACAGCAGUGGGAAUGUGGAGGAAGUAUGUCGUCCUCGAACGCGCCUUGUCUGCAACCAGAAUGUCCACACACUCCAGGGACCUGGCAGCUCUGCCACUCUCAGGGUCACCUCCACAUCAUCAUCCUCCUCCUCAGCUGACAAGAAGAUCCAGUUGCCCUACACCUCUGCCACACUCAACAGACUCACUGCACCUCGCUAUUCAAUACCCAGCGGAGACCCGCCCCCAUACCCUGACCCAGCCAAUCAGAACAGUGCUGUUGGCAGGAACCCUGGACAGAGGCUUGACAGCAGUCUGAUCCAUGCCACUCUCAGGAGGAACAGCCGAGAGGCCGCUCUCAAAGUUUCCCAGAUGCUAGAGCCUCCCAGACCACUGCCUCCUAAGGCUAAAAAUAGCGGUGCACUAGCAGCCUCGUUCCAGCAAAGGGUGCCAACAGCCUUAUAUACCUGCAGUCAGUGUAGCAGUGGAUCCAGUGUUGGAAGCACUGCUCCUGGGAGCACUAAUGGAAUAGCAGGAGGAACUAUUAUCAGACAGGAUUUCCCUGCAGGGAAUGGGGCACCACACAGCACAGUUAUCGUUCACUCCAACAGCACUACUCCUCUGGCCUCCCAGUCCUCUUACAGCCUGCUGAGCUCUCUUGAAGGAUCUGGGACUGCAUCAGCAGGAGGAGGAAGUAACAGAGACAGGACUGAUUAUGUUAAUUCAGCAUUUACUGAGGAUGAAACACUGAACCAGUCACUGAGGCAUCUGGCGCUAGGAGGAAAUGAUGCAUCAGGGCUGGUUGUCAAACGUCCACCUCCCUAUCAGUGGGACCCAGCUGCCACAGAGGAGGUGUGGGUACCUCAGGAACAGACAGCAACGCUUAAUCCCACUGGUCCCCCUGGACCCCAUAAACCACCCCCACUUAUUCUUAGCCCAGCUCAGCACUUGGAUGUGUCCAGGCUCCCUUUUGUCCUUUCUCCAAAGUCCCCCACCAGCCCAAGUGCUGCAUCAUUUCAAGCUGCUGCAGCAGCUGCAGGCUACCAAAUCUCUCUCCAGUACCCUCCAACAACUGCCUAUUCUGGAGCCCAGCUUCAGCCCAUCCCAGGGUCACCACGCCCCUGCUCCUCUCCAAAGGAGAUGGUGGCACCAGUACCCUUCUCACAGCAGGAUGCAACCCUUGUCUUACCGCCUGGUUACCCUGCAAACCUGGCAAACCUAGCCUGCUGCCCUCUCCCACCCAUGUAUCCAGGAGGAAGUGCUUGUGCCGGGCUCCCCAUUCCCCCCAUUGCCCUUCACACUCCUUGGGGUACCUAUAAUUCUUGCCCGCCUAUGCCUAGUCCUGCAGUGCCACUACCACCCAAAGCCUCCCACAUGGCAGUAGACAAAAAUGUUCUCUCGCCUCCUCCUCCUCCUCCACCACCCCCUCCACCACCACCAGCAGAGAUGCAGAGCCAUGGAGGAUUACAAGAGACCAUGGCAGAGUCUGGGGAAAGUUUUCAGGAGGUUCUCUCUUUGACUGAGAGCCCUGUCCCACAGCGGUCUGAGAAGUUCAGCAAGAAGAACCGCAAGCGGGUGGAUGGGCGCGCCGAGGAGGCUAACGUGCCACCGUUGGCUGAAGGGAGCAAGUCGAAAAAGGAGGGCAGGGCUUUGGGUGACUUUAACUCACUCAUCUCCAGUCCGCGGCUGGGAGGAAGGGAUAAGAAGAAGCUGAAGGGACAGAAAGAGCAGCAGUUGAAGGCCAAGAAGCUGAGUAAGGCCACUGCCAAUAGUGAGUUCCAAGAUAGUUCAGAAAGUGAGCCAGAGUUGUUCAUCAGUGGGGAUGAGCUUCUCAAUCAGUGCCAGAGUGGUAAGAAGGGCUGGAAGAGUAAGAGGAACUUAAGAGCUGCCAGUGAACUGGAUGAGAUCAAGUGUCGAAAAGCCAAUGAGAAGGAGGACCGAGGGCUGGGCAGCCAGGGGUUUGUGUAUGUCAUGGCCAACAAGCAACCACUGUGGAAUGAAGCUACACAGGUCUACCAGCUGGACUUUGGUGGGCGUGUCACACAGGAGUCUGCCAAGAACUUUCAAAUUGAAUUGGAGGGCAGACAGGUGAUGCAGUUUGGCAGGAUUGAUGGCAAUGCCUACAUCCUGGACUUCCAGUAUCCCUUCUCUGCUGUGCAGGCCUUUGCAGUGGCUUUAGCCAAUGUUACUCAGCGCCUCAAAUGAGAUGUCCCCUCCUUUCUUACCCUGAGUUACAUCUGGGAUUAAAAUGCAAUCUGUUGAAGGGGCACAGUUGUUUCAUUUGAGAUUAAUAAACUUUGAUUUUAGAGAGAAGACUUAAAUUAGCCCUGGUCAUAGAGAGAGAUACAAUCAUGCUGCACUACACAAUGCUGCCACUAGAGUUGGUGCAAUAAGCAUUAGCUGCAUUUGCCAAGGAUGCCCUCAGAUUUGCUCCGUUUGGCAGUCAGUGGCACCUUGUAAUGCAUGUAGGGCCAAAGAGCUGAGCUUUGGUAAUCAUCAUGCAAAUAAAUGCUGCUUUAGCUAGAAGAAGCUUAUAGACCUGAUAACCAAUCGUUAAACUGAGAAAGGAACUGUCACGGUGCAGUUUUCAAAAGAAGCAGCAGUAAUACUUGAAAACCACACUCUGGAGAUCACAUUUGUUUUUUCCCAGAGCACACAGGUACUACUGGGCACUGAAAUCCAUUGCUGUACAAACUUCAGUGAAACAGUUACCACUUUAUUAUACUGCUUUUGCUUUUAGGAUUUUAUUAAAUGACUAAACAUGGUGGAGGGUAGGAGGGUCUUUUGUUUUUGCUCUCUGCCAUUCCUUUUGUUACUUUCUCAACCUAUCAUGGCUGGAAUUGAGGCUUAGAUAUAUGCAUCAUUUAGGUGAACAACUAAAAGGUCACACUUGUCCCUGUAGUAAAAGGAAGGUCAAGGAGUAAAUCUAGAUGAGGUGAACUGCAGUCUUUUCCACAUAGUUUCCUGGGACUUUGAAGGAAGAAGAAAUGUUACUCUGCUACAUGGAUUAAUUUAUAUGUACAUUUUGUUCUUUAUCUAUUCAGAUUUGAAUUUUAACAUUAAUGUCAUUGUUUGUGAUAUACAAUCUUCAUACCCUGUCAACAUGGUUUCAACUUUCCUGCUUUAAUUGGGAGAAGUGGUGGCUGAAUUUGAAUAUUGCUGUGUAUUCUGGAGUAAUUCAGUUGGGAGGUUUAAACUGAAUAGCUUUGACUGAUAUAUCCUGUACUUAGUGAAAUAUCUUUGGUGACAUGGGCACAAAAGAAGUCGCCAAGGCCUGGAUUGAACAAUUUAACCUCUGGCAUGAAGUGAUUUGUCACCUGCUGUCACUUCUGUGAAGUGAGUGUAGUUGGAUGGGGCUGUCCCUGCUCUUUAAGACCACACUAAACAUGUAAGCAAGGUACAGGAAAUAUUUUUGUAUAUUUCACCUAUGCCAUUUCAUGCUCUUUUCAGAAGUCAUGUAAAUACAUAUCAGUCAUAUGUAAAUGUUAAGAAACUUGGGUGAUUUUGACAGAUGUACGUAUGUUUACACCUGUCUCCACUGUGUUUUUAAAUGUAAUUUCAGGUGUGGAGCGACUGUACUGUUUUAAACAACAACAAAAGUUAACCAUUAAGCUGAAAUCAUUGUCACUGAAACUUUGAAGUCAGAACUCCAAUGAAUAAUGAAGCUAUUGAAAUCUGUUUAUUUAGCAAGCUGACACUGAAAUCUGAAAAGCUGUUGUUUUUUUUUCAGGCAGUAAACCUUGUGUGGGCAGGAGUAAAUUAAUAAUUAAGGUUUUAUCUGUUUAAGACCGUAGCCAAAAAUCAAUACAAAGGGCAGUAAUAUUCGGUAAGUGUGAUUAGGGUCACGUCUAACCUUUGUGCCAAAAUAUGCAUUUGCUAAAAUUUGUAGUUGAAAAAAAAUGGGCCUAGAGAGAAGUGUAACUUAAUUCUUGAUGUUAAAAAACAAAACAAAGCUUUCACUUUGGACCUUCUCUAGUGGUCCACUUUCUUUCUCUGAAUUGAUGAGAUUAUUAAAUUAUUUAGUGUGAUCUUUCCAUAUUACAACAAGAUGCAUGUCUGUCAGAUGGGGGUUGUUGGGAUGGGGAUUGAAAAAGAAUGUAAAAGAAAAGUCUCUUUUGAUCCUAAAGAAUGAACUGAACAUGAGCAUGUCAUAAAGAAAAUAUCCAUCUUUUUGUUUUAGUUGUGCAAUAUUUUCUUAGGUGAUAAAAAAAUCCUUUGUCAUCACUUUUGACCACAGUUUGGUACCAUUUAUUUUAGUUCAGCAUCUCAGUUUGCUGGUCUGUACAUUUUAUUUAUGAAAUUAUUUCCUGAAGGAGAUAUAGUAUCUAUACAUUAUGUAUAUUGUGGAGUUUUCUGAACAUUUCUUUGUGUUGAUUAAAAUGUGUUACAAGUGUAGCCCAAAUUGUGAGAUGGGGUUAGGGGGGAGGGGGUUGGGAACAUGCAGAUUUUCUGUGUUUUGUGAAGUUGUCAUUGGAUGGAAAAGAUGUGAAUGAGUAAGUGCCCAGUUUAGUGUAGUUGGUAGACUAGUUAUGUAGAGUGUAACUGUCAAAUCAAGGUGUGUCUGUAUUCAACUGUGCAGUCUACCAAUCCCAUCAGUGUUAAAUCUAGUAUCUUUUAAACGUGUGGUCAUGGCUUCUUACACAUACAUACACACACACACGCACACACACACAUCAUCCACAUAAGUUCACAAGUGUAAGCCACUGAGUUCAUGAUCAAAAUUGCCUAUGGACUUUAGUUAAGGAUUCACUUUAAACUGAUUUCAUGGGAUGACCUGUUGUAGAUAUUGUAGGAUUUGGCUUUUCUUUAGAAAAGGUAUGUGCUUUGUAUUUGUAGAUGUAGACUUAAAUGACAAAAACACUUGAAAAGAAUUAGAGUCUGAUUUGGUGACUGAAUGUUUAUAGUGAAUGGAUAGUAAGGCAUGCCAUGUAAAUUAUUUUAUAAUUGUAUAUGUCACGCAUCUUUUGAAUAAAACGUCAUU